AUGAUCGAAAUUAGGGGUAUGCUGCAACAACUCAUUGGGACAAAUGGAAAGAUGCAAGAGAAGUUAGCUGUACAUGAUUCAACAAUCAAAGGCAUUGAAACUCAAUUGGGACAACUAUCUAUGGCAUUGAACAAUCGCCCACAUGGAACAUUGCCUGCAGAUACAAACAUUAACCCAAAGGAGCAGAAUCCAAAUCAGCUCAUGGCAGUGAGUCUCGGGAAUGGGAGAGAUUUCGAUAGGGAGCAAGAAGUUGCUCAAUCUAGGAGAGAGACAACACCGACUACUCCAGCUACCCCAGUUACAUUAGAGGCAGAUGAGUCAGCAGAGCUCACCGAGGUUGUAAUUGAGCAAGCACAGGUUGACAAGGGUAAGGAGAAGGAAGGGUAUGCAAAAAUGAUGAAGGACCUGAUGUCGCAAAAAUUUGACUUCCAGGACCUGUCCACUGUAACUCAGACGCAGACCUACAACGCAGUAGUGACAAGGCCUAUGGCUCAAAAGGUGUCUGAUGCAGGUAGUUUCACUAUUCCAUGCACCAUUGGGAGUUAUGCUUUUGCUAAUGCAUUGUAUGACUUGGGGGCCAGGAUUUUUGAUGAUGUGCUUGUUCAAGUGGGGAAAUUUGUAUUCCCUGCAGACUUCGUCAUUCUUGAUUGUCAAGUAGAUGAGGAGAUACCAAUCAUUCUGGGCAGGCCUUUUUUAGCCACUGGAAGAGCAUUGAUUGAUUGUGAGACUGUAGAAUUGAAAAUGAGGUUGAACAAUGAAGAGAUAAUAUUCAAUGUUCAACAAUCUAUGAGGAGACUCAGCGAAUUUGCAAAUUGCUCACUAGUGGAGGUCGUAGAUGUAAUACUACAAGAGGAGGAUGAGACUAUUAAUGUUAGGGAUCCGUUAGACCUGUUUGAUGAAUCUGGAAAAUGUGGAUGGUGA